AAUCCAAAGAGGAAGAAAUGAGCCGAUUUGGACCUCCAUCGCCUCAUUCUUCUUCUUCUUCCUCUCCGCCAUUGAUUCCGAUCGGCGAAUCCCCAACCCUAAUUCCCGGCCUCCCAAAUGACAUCGCAGCGCUGAUCCUCUCCUUCGUCCCCUUCUCUCACCAGGCCCGCCGCCGACCCACCUGCAAAUCAUGGAGGCUCUUCCUCUCCUCCAAAACCCUAAUCGCCCUCCGCCAGACCCAUAACCGCACUAACCCUAAACCACCUCCUUUGCGUCUUCCCCUAAGACCCGUCCGUCGCCGCCCCUUACCUCUUCGACCCUCGAACCCUAGCCUGGUGCCCCCUCCCGCCAAUGCCCUGCAACCCCCACGUCUACGGCCUCUGCAACUUCACCUCCCUCUCCGUUGGGCCCCACCUCUACGUCAUCGGCGGCUCCCCUUCGACACUCGCUCGUUUCCGAUCGACCUCCCCUCCCCGUCCUCCGCCAUAUUCCGGUUCGACUUCAGCACUUCCUCGUGGGACUUCCUCGCCCCGAUGCUCACACCGCGCGGAAGUUUCGCCUGUGCUGCGAUUCCAAAAUCGGGAGAGAUUCUCGUCGCCGGCGGCGGAUCCCGGCACACUCUGUUCAGCGCGGCUGGAAGCCGAACGAGCUCAGUGGAGCGGUAUGAUAUUGGGAGAAAUGACUGGGUUGCAAUGGAUGGGUUGCCAGGUUCUCGGACCGGGUGUGCGGGGUUCUUUGUUGGCGACGGCGAGAAGAGGGGGUUCUGGGUUAUGGGUGGGUACGGCGAAUCCAGAACAAGAUCAGGAGUUUUUCCUGUGGAUGAGCAUUACAGAGACGCUGUGGUGAUGGAAUUGAAGAAUGGGAAUGGUGGUUGUAGGUGAAGAGAGGCUGGGCAAAAUUGUUGUCGUCGAAGAUGGCGAUGAUUGCGGUGGACCUGCCUGUCUUCAUGCUUGAUCGGAAUGUUAUAUUCAGGAUAUGUACUGCAGAUAUGACAUGGCUUCAAACCGUUGGUGUAAGGAGUCACGUAUACCAAGACAGGCCCCAUGCAACUCUGCAUUUAGAUUCGUUGUAUUGGAUGGAGAGUUGCAUGUAAUAACCCUUUUGAAGGCAGUUGAGCCAGAAAUUUGCAGGUCGCAAUUGCAUACGAGAGCAGGCACUCUUUACGUCCAAAUAUACCAUCCUAAGAAGAAGACAUGGAGAUCUAUCAUAACAAAGUCACCUUUCCGUUACAGCUUGGAUUUCAAUACUGCCGUUAUGAGCACCAUUUGCUUGUGAAUCUCGAUUCUUAUUGCUUGUACUUGUGUUGAUAAUUGUACCGAUUGAUGUGCAGCGCUGUCUAUAUUGGUUCUUCGGGGUCAUUGCUGCUAGCAUAUUUGUCUAGUCCAAAAGUACGGCAGACCAAAAUAAAUACCUUAACUGUGAGUAAAGUGGUAAGUAGUUAAGGUUGAAUUCAUGAGUUACAUAUAUUUGUAUCAUUUAUUUUUCCAUAGAACAGGCAUAGAUAUGUAUUAUAUGCACAUGUAUGUGUAAAGAUGUGUUAUAUAGCUUUGUUGCUUGUGCACUAAUCAAUCUUUACCCGUGUCA